AUGUCGCCGAACCUCUUCAACAAGGACCUGUCCAGGGCGCAGAGCAAGCAAAUACAUGGAGUCUCUGACCUGGUCCGAGGCGAUGAACAUGGUGCCAUCAAAUUCACAUAUAGUCAUGACAGUGUUCCCAAACCUGUCGUCAUUCAUAUGAUUGCCCGUGAUUGCAUGACUUAUCCUCAAAACUCUGGUUUUGUCAUCUUUUCAGAAUCCGAUGAUACUGAUUAUGACAUUCCCCGGUUCCUCGAUUCGGUUUGCCAAAAACAAAAAUGGUCUGACAUUGAAGGCGCUGUCCGUGUUAUUGCAACGGCACUGACUUCGGCAAUCGAGAAGCGCGAUCAAGGCACUUCAGACAGCUCAAGCGGCUCGGAUGACUCCUUAUGGGACUAUGGAAGCGAUUCUGAAGACCUGGAACCCAUAGAGACUACCCGCGCCGAUGGCGACCAUCAAAACUCGCAUGGUCAUGAUGACCAUGCCGUCGUCCACUCGCCGAGCGCCUCGACAUUGGCCACCCUGAGCAAUUCUCUAAAAAAGGCCCAGAGCGUCGGCAUAGCUCCGACGUGCUUUGCAUUCCAAGCGACCGAUACCAGAGCCGGCCCCGACCUGGAAUAG